AUGAAGGGGAUUUAAACACUCCAAACGAAGAGAUUUUAUUCCUCUUUGUAAAGUCAGAAAAUUAAAUUACCAGGAAUAUUAACAGACAUAGAUGGUGUAGUUUAUCGUGGAGGUCAUGAGAUUGGAAACUCUAGAUUUGUUAUUAAAACAAUUUUCAAUCAUAAAUUUAAUAAUAAGUACAUUCCUUUCGCUCUACUUACAAAUGGAGGAGGAAUUCCUGAAAAUGAGAGAGCUGAAUAUGUCAAUCAUGUCAUAAACUUAGACAAUGAGCCAUAAGGAACAAGAAUCAUAGAAGGAAAAGAUAUGAUUUUGUGUCAUACACCAUUUAAAUCAGAAAAUCUUCUUUAAGAAAAUGAAAAUAAAUAUGUACUUGUAAGUGGUCUUGGAGACAUGAUCAAAAUAGCAAAAAAUUAUGGCUAUAAAAAAGCGAUAGAUAUCGAAGAGCUAAUGGGAUUAUAUCCAUUAUUGCAUCCAGAAAGAAGAUCUGAUCACUAAGCUAGCUAUUAUGCUUAAAGAAAAUAAUAAGUGCUUGAAAGACUGAACAUUUCAGAGGACUAACUAAAGAAAGAACUUAAAUUUGAUGCAAUAUUUUUAUGGUCUGAUGCCAUAAAGUUAGAAGCUAAUAUCUAAAUAUUUAGUGAUUUACUGAUUUCUAAGGAUGGAAGAUUAGGAGAAAGUAUAAGAAAUAAAACUGAUCCAUAGCAUGUUAAAUUAUACCUUACUAAUCCAGAUUUGAUUUAUGCUGAUAAAUUUAAGCUUUUAAGACAUGGUUAAGGGAUCCUGAUUAACUGCUUGAAAUUAGUGUUUAAGCAAACUUAUGGUAUGGAUUUCUAGUACAGUUAAUUUGGAAAACCUGAAAGAGUAACAUUUGAUUAUGCGGAGUAAGUUUUAAGGUAAAAAGCUGAUAAAUAAGGAAUAGAAAUAAGUGAUUUCUACAUGAUAGGUGAUAAUCCAGAGGGUGAUAUUGAAGGGGCAAAUCGAAAAGGAUGGAAUUCUAUACUGGUUAAGACAGGAGUGCAUUAGCAUCUUGAUGAAUUUGGAAAGGAAAAUAAACAUGAAGCAAAAUUUUUAAAUAUAAAAACUGGAAUGUUUGGUUAUGGGGAAAGGCAAGAGGAUGAUGGCUAGUAGAUCAAAGUUGAAAGAUCAGAUUCCUCCAAAAGAAUUUAUAUUAGCAAUCAAACUAGACCAAUUGGUGAUAUUAUCACGGAAUCCAACUUCAUCCUUGAUAAAAAUGUGAGCCUCACAGGUCUUAGUGAUUUUGAGUAUGAAAUGGAUCAAAAGAAUGUCAAAUGGUUGAUAUCAACUCAAAAUUUUGAGGAUAGAAUUUAUAGUUUCAGAGAAAAUUCAAGUGAAGAGUAAAAAGAGGGAGAAGGAGUGAAAAAUCUCAAGGAUAAAAAUGUUGAUUAUGAUUCUGAUGCGAUUAAGUAAUUGCCACCUGAUCUGUCAGAUGUUGAAAAGUUUUUUAGACAGAAAUAUUUUCUUUUCAGCAAGUAUGAUUCUGGCCUCUUUAUUGAUAGAGAAGGAUGGUAUUCAAUCACUCCUGAGCCUAUCGCAGCUUUUAUGGCGUAUUACAUGAAGAAUUUAUAGUAAAGUAUCAUUAUUGAUGGAUGCUGUGGAGUAGGAGGGAAUGUGAUUUAAUUCGCUAUGCUUGAAAAUAAUAAAAAUUGUAUUGCAACAGAACUUGAUAAAGAUAGAGCAAAAUAUGCUGAUUAUAACUGUAAAAAAUAUAAAGUCAACUAGAAAGUUGACGUUACCCAGGGUGCAUUCCUUGAGUUGAAAAUAUCUAAGUAUUUGGACAAAGUCAACCCUGAAAAAUAAGUCGCUUUCUUUUUCGAUCCUCCUUGGGGAGGCUUAGAUUACAAAGAUGUGGAAUCUAAAAUGAAAGUCAAUGAUUUUGAACCGUAUCCUUUCAAAAAAACAUUAAUCAAAGCUAUUGAGAUGAGUCCUAAUUUGAUGUUAAAGCUUCCAAUAAACAUGGAUAUAGAUGAUUUGAUAUAUGAGAUUAGUGAUUGCUAUCUCAGAUAUAAUCCUAGAUAUCUAAAAAAUAAUGGUCAUUAGUUAAAUAUUUAGGUAAUCAAAUUUAAGCAGCGAUUUGGAGAAACAUAUUCUAAGGAUAAAUACUAUACUAUCUUAUUUGGAAAUAUUGUCGAAGAUAGCUUAUUACGAAAUAUAGAUGAAUUUCUAAACAAACACAAUCACAAACAUACUGAGGAAAAACAUUUACAAUUCGGUUAUAUAUUAGGAAAUGGCAGAUCAGGAGAAUUUUAACUGCUUUCUAAGGCAGACUCCUUAUAUGUUGAUUUCUUCAAGAAUGAUCGACAGUGCCAUGGAAGAGAAGGUCUAUGGCAAAAUCUAAGAAUCAUAUAAUACUUCUUUCCUGGAUUUAAUUUACUCUACAAUUAUAAACCAGGUUGA